GAGAGCCGGCGCCAUGGUGGAGAAGGAGGAGGCGGGCGGCGGUAUCAGCGAGGAGGAGGCGGCGCAGUAUGACCGGCAGAUCCGUCUCUGGGGAUUGGAGGCCCAGAAACGUGAUUUGUCCUGUAUGUAAUUGAGCAGAGUGUGACUGGGAGGAGAGAAGUAGACGAUCAGCUCCAUGAGGACAAGCACUAUAUAAAUGUCCAGUGACUAGGAUGCUGCGGGCCUCCCGGGUGCUUCUUGUUGGCAUGAAGGGACUUGGGGCUGAAAUUGCCAAGAAUCUCAUUCUGGCCGGAGUGAAAGGACUGACCAUGCUGGAUCAUGAACAGGUGUCUCCAGAGGAUCCCGGAGCUCAGUUCCUGGUGCGUGCUGGGUCUGUUGGCCGAAACAGGGCCGAAGCCUCUUUGGAACGAGCACAGAAUCUCAACCCCAUGGUGGAUGUGAAGGUGGACACUGAGAAUAUAGAAAAGAAACCCGAGUCGUUUUUCACUCAAUUUGAUGCUGUAUGUCUGACUUGCUGCUCCAGGGAUGUCAUAGUUAAAGUUGACCAGAUCUGUUACAAAAAUAGCAUCAAGUUCUUUACAGGAGAUGUUUUUGGCUACCAUGGAUACACAUUUGCCAAUCUUGGAGAGCAUGAAUUUGUAGAGGAAAAAACCAAAGUUGCCAAAGUUAGCCAAGGAGUAGAAGAUGGACCUGAUACCAAGAGAGCCAAACUUGAUUCAUCUGAGACCACCAUGGUCAAAAAGAAGGUGGUCUUCUGCUCUGUCAAAGAAGCGCUGGAAGUGGACUGGAGCAGCGAUAAAGCCAAGGCGGCUCUGAAGCGCACAACUUCGGAUUACUUUCUUCUUCAAGUGCUCCUGAAGUUCCGCACAGAUAAAGGAAGAGAUCCUAGUUCUGAUACCUUUGGGGAAGAUUCUGAGUUGUUGCUCCAGAUUCGAAACGAUGUGCUUGACUCCCUGGGCGUUAAUCCUGACCUGCUUCCAGAAGACUUUGUCAGGUACUGCUUCUCCGAGAUGGCCCCAGUAUGUGCAGUGGUUGGAGGGAUCCUGGCCCAGGAAAUUGUGAAGGCUUUGUCUCAAAGGGACCCUCCUCACAACAACUUCUUCUUUUUUGAUGGCAUGAAGGGGAAUGGGAUUGUGGAGUGCCUUGGCCCCAAGUGAACCUGAGACUUGGCAGCCCCAGAGAUGCUGACCUGCAGCGAGCCCACAUGUGAUCCCUGUCCCCUUCCCCCCACUAAGGCAUCUCCAGGCGAGGGAAAAGCGAAGUCAUUGAACCGAUACAAACCAUUUCCUGCGAGCGGUGAGGUCUUGCAGAUGUGCUACUUCUCAGCACCAGCAGCUGCUAAUGAGGGACGUGGGUCCUGGCUGUCUCUGUGCCGGCCCCAGGCCCGCCAGCUCGCCCAGGCGGCCAGCACCUGAAAGCCCCCUCUGCCACCUCUCUCAGUCCUGGUGCCCUCACGGUGUCACCACCCCCCAGGUACCAUUGGAGAUGCCCACCAGGAACCAGCAUGCCUUGUUGUGUAGGAGCUUGCCACCUUCUUGGACUUAGUCCCCACCUGAUGUCCCACAGAGAGGAGCAUGACUUCAGGAGGGGACUAAGGCCCAGGACCAAUAAAACACUAGUGGAACCACCAUUCUGAAUGCAGACAGGUGCCUUUAGAGAGGAAAAAACAUGGCAGGGGGAAUGUACUUCCUCCAAAGUUUGAGACUGAAAAACAACAGGUGGCAUCUGGUGUGCUGGUCUUGAGUUUUAGUUUAGGAUUAGUUGAGUUCCAGCCUGGAUUUUGAAAGAGAGGAAAUGUUACUGAGACCUGGGGUAUUAGGGUGAAACCCUGCAAAUUGAAUAUUGGUGAGGAGCUUGUUUGGAAAAGGCACAUUCCUGGGUCCCACCCCUUGGGGAUUCUGGCUUAUGGGGGCUGAGCCAGGGCAAGGAGCCUGCCCUUUUAACAGAGCCCCUCAUCGACGCAGCGUGGACCCUCUGGAGGCUGUUGGGUUUAAGGGCUGUGUCAGUCCUUCAUUUACCCUCUGAAUUGCAGCUGUUUGUGUUUUUUUUUUUAUAUAUAUUUUCUAUAUUUCCUUGGUUCUUGAAAAGGGAACAAGAGAAAUAAAGUUAUUUGCUUGAG